GCCGGCCGGUCCGGCGCCGGGCCAUGGCGCUGUUGCGGGACGUGUCGCUGCAGGAUCCGCGAGACCGCUUUGAGCUGCUGCAGCGUGUGGGGGCCGGGACCUAUGGCGACGUUUACAAGGCCCGUGACACCGUCACGUCCGAACUGGCCGCGGUGAAGAUCGUCAAGCUAGACCCAGGGGACGACAUCAGCUCUCUUCAGCAGGAAAUCACCAUCCUUCGCGAAUGCCGCCACACUAAUGUCGUGGCCUACAUUGGCAGCUAUCUCAGGAAUGACCGGUUGUGGAUCUGUAUGGAGUUCUGUGGAGGGGGUUCGCUGCAGGAGAUUUACCACGCUACCGGGCCCCUGGAAGAACGGCAGAUAGCCUAUGUUUGCCGGGAGGCACUGAAGGGGCUCCACCACCUGCAUUCUCAGGGCAAAAUUCACCGAGACAUCAAGGGUGCCAACCUUCUGCUCACUCUGCAGGGAGAUGUCAAGCUGGCGGACUUUGGGGUAUCCGGUGAGCUGACAGCGUCUGUGGCUAAGAGGCGGUCUUUCAUUGGCACUCCGUACUGGAUGGCGCCAGAGGUCGCUGCUGUGGAACGCAAAGGUGGCUACAAUGAGUUGUGUGACGUCUGGGCCCUGGGCAUCACUGCCAUAGAGCUGGGCGAGCUACAGCCGCCGCUGUUCCACUUGCACCCCAUGAGGGCCUUGAUGCUCAUGUCGAAGAGCAGCUUCCAACCACCCAAGCUGAGAGACAAGACACGUUGGACCCAGAAUUUUCACCACUUCCUCAAGCUGGCCCUAACCAAGAACCCCAAGAAGAGGCCCACAGCUGAGAAGCUUCUGCAGCACCCAUUCACAACCCAGCAGCUCCCUCGGGCCCUCCUUACGCAGCUCCUUGACAAGGCCAGCGACCCCCACCUGGGAACCCUCUCCCCUGAAGACUGUGAACUGGAGACCCAGGAUAUGUUUCCAGAUACCAUCCAUUCUCGGGGCCAUCAUGGUCCGGCUGAGAGGACCCCCUCCGAGAUCCAGUUUCACCAAGUGAAAUUUGGCGCCCCUCGCCGGAAGGAGACGGAUCCUCUCAAUGAACCGUGGGAGGAGGAAUGGACGCUGCUGGGAAAAGAGGAACUGAGUGGGAGCCUGCUGCAGUCGGUCCAGGAGGCCCUGGAGGAAAGGAGCCUGACUAUUCGACCCGCCUUAGAACUCCAGGAGCUGGACUCCCCAGAUGAUGCCAUGGGAACCAUCAAACGGGCCCCGUUUUUGGGGCUGCCCCAUACUGAGCCAACACCUGAUGACAAUGCCCAGCCCUGCUCCCCAGGAACCCCGUCUGCACCUCCGCCUGGUCCUGGCAGCCCACCAUUGCUGCCCACUGCCUGGGCCACCCUGAAGCAACGGGAGGAUCCUGAGAGAUCAUCCUGUCAUGGCCUUCCUCCCACCCCUAAAGUGCACAUGGGUGCCUGCUUCUCCAAGGUCUUCAAUGGCUGUCCCCUGCAGAUCCAUGCUGCUGUCACUUGGGUACACCCUGUGACUCGAGACCAGUUCCUGGUAGUAGGGGCCGAGGAAGGCAUCUACACUCUCAACCUGCAUGAACUGCAUGAGGAUACGCUGGAGAAGCUCAUCUCUCAGCGCUGCUCCUGGCUCUACUGUGUGAACAACGUAUUGCUGUCACUCUCAGGGAAAUCCACGCACAUCUGGGCGCAUGACCUCCCAGGCCUGUUUGAGCAGCGGAGACUGCAGCACCAGGCACCCCUCUCUAUCCCUACCAACCGUAUCACUCAGCGCAUCAUCCCCAGGCGCUUUGCCCUGUCCACCAAGAUUCCUGACACCAAAGGCUGCCUGCAGUGUCGUGUGGUCCGUAACCCCUAUACAGGCAGCACUUUCCUGCUGGCUGCCCUGCCUGCCAGCCUGCUUCUGCUGCAGUGGUAUGAGCCCUUGCAGAAAUUCCUGCUGCUGAAGAACUUUUCCAGCCCCUUGCCCAGCCCGACAGGGAUGUUGGAGCCGCUGGUGCUAGACGGGAAGGAGCUGCCACAGGUGUGCGUGGGUGCCGAGGGGCCUGAGGGACCUGGCUGCCGAGUCCUGUUCCAUGUCUUGCCCCUGGAGGCUGGCCUGACUCCAGACAUCCUCAUCCCGCCUGAGGGGAUACCAGGCUCCGCCCAGCAGGUGAUCCAGGUGGACCGGGACACAGUACUGGUCAGCUUUGAACGCUGUGUGAGGAUCGUUAACUUGCAGGGUGAGCCCACAGCUGCACUGGCCCCUCAGCUCACCUUUGACUUCCCUAUUGAGACCGUGGUGUGUCUGCAGGACAGUGUGCUGGCUUUCUGGAGCCAUGGCAUGCAGGGCCGAAGCCUUGACACCAACGAGGUGACCCAGGAGAUCACAGAUGAGACCAGGAUCUUCCGGGUGCUGGGAGCCCACAGGGACAUCAUCCUGGAGAGCAUUCCCACUGACAACCCUGGGGCACACAGCAACCUCUACAUCCUCACAGGCCACCAGAGCAGCUACUGAGCUGCCCCCUCCAGCCUCUGCUAGGGCCCCAGAGGGCAGACCUGAUUCCGAGAAAUGUUUGGGGGCAGGGAGGGGAGGUAGCCCACCCCCCUCAGCAAUAACUGGACCAGAGGAAGCUGCGACCACCUCCCUCCCUGCAGCAUUGUCCCCCGUACAGGAGGCCCUGGGCGGGAUGGGGCUGCCUGGCUGAUCCAUUCCAUUUCUCACUUUUCCUUUCUAUUCUUUCUGCCAAGAGCCUGCCCCAGGUUCUAUCCUGGGCAACAUGUAUUUAAGAGAGAAUUAUAUUGGAAUUAAAGCUGGUUGGCUUUAUCCCGUUAGUCCCUCUGAAGUGGAGGCGUUGAGCUCCCCUCCCCCACCUUCCGCCCCUUCUCUUUCUCCUCUCACUCUUUCCUGCGGGACACUUUUCUCUAAGUACUUGGUUGGCCUCAGGUGUGCGCUGUGGAAGAGCAGCGGCUGGUGCUCAGUGGAAUCUAGACUCAGGUGACACAAGCCAGUGGUCUAGCAGCCAUCUUGGGCCUGGGUCUUCCUGGUCCCUGCCCAUGACAGCCCUCAUUCAGUUUUAUAGAUUGAGACAGGUAUUUGGCAUUUUGUGGAUCAUGCAGGGGAAUUAUGAACAAAGGGACCUGUCCGGGGCAGCCUUGCCCCAAGUAGGAUCUUGCUUGUGGUUUGUGGGAGGAUGCUGGAAGCUAGCCAGGGAGCUAGCUACCAUGUCCAUGACCAUUUCUGGGAUCUGCACCCUGGCCGUGUCUGCUGCAAUGUUCCAUGACAGGCCUGUAACAACAUUGCGAAGUAUCGGCUUAGCCUGGGAAGAUGGAUGUGGGUCUCUUUAGUGUUCAUUCAUUCCAAGUCAGGCCUGGGAUCACUACCAAAAUUCAGCUCAAUACCCAAGAAAAUUGUUGGAGCCCAUCUCCCUUGCGCCUUAGCUUGUUUUGUAUUGUCCUCCCUUAGUCCCCUUGCAAAGGGCUCAGAGCCCCCAGGGCCUGGUACCCUUCGAGCCCUGUGGCCCCAGAUACUGACUGGCUUGCCAUUGACCAAGAUCAUUGAAGGGAGGGCUAAGCGGGUUGUAGAGCAAAGGUCUAGAGCCCAGUGCUCCGUUCCAGCUCCUUGUCACCCUCCUGACAUUUAGAGCAAAUGUUGGCAGAAGAAAGUCUUCUGUCUGGUGUUCUGGCUGCAAGUACUUGCCAGCUCAGUGAGGCAACGGGUGGGUGAGGGUGGGUGGUGACAGCUCAUGUGAAUGGAAUUUGUGGCCCUUAUGGAUGUCACUGUCCCUUUAACUACCCUCUUCAGAGCCCUAAUGCUCAGUUUCUAGUGACCAAGAGGGUUGCUUGGCUGAUGAGGGAGCCGGGCCAGGAAAAGGGACAGAGCAUAUGUCCUCAGUGAGACCCCAAGUCAUCUGGAGAGUCGAGGGAGACAGGGUGCACAGUAAAGUUCUAGCUCCCGGAUUUCUUGGAGGCAUGCUGGUGUGUGUGGGGGUGAGAGUUCCAGCCCAGAACACUUAACCCAGGUGCCCUGGGAGACCAGGCCCUCGGAGUAGUGGGCUCCACACAGUGCCACCUUGUGGCAGGGAGCUCAGCCCAGAGUCCAUCUGAAAAGGUGGUUUAGGGGUAUAAGAUGCCAAAGUGAGAGCUGUGAAAAACAAGGCCCACUGAUAGUAUUUGGUGCCACAAGCCAAAGAUGGGGCAAGCCAGGACUAUGCACUGAAAGAUGUGACUUUAUUUAUGUAUUUGUUUAUAGACAGCCUUUUUCAAGUACAAAAGAGAAUUCAGUGAAGCUAGGCUGUGGUGAAUGCCUGUCAUCCAGUACUCAGGAGGCAGAGUACUGUCUGUGAACUGUAGUCCAGCCUGGUCUACAUAGUGAGUUCCAGGCCAGCCGAGGUUUUAUGUAGUCAAGAUCCUGCCUCAAAAAUAAAUAAGACUGUGUCUCAUUUGUCCUCCACUCCGUCUAGAAGUAUUUAUGAUAUUUAAACAACUUGGUAUAUUUUUAUUCAUAUGGCACCAGUCCAUAUAUCCUGCUGGAGCUCUGGAAGUACAUUCUAGAGACCUUUCCAUUAUCAACCUGGUCUAUUUUUGUAUAGCUUGUGCUGGAUUGUACACAUUUCAGGUGACUAAUGUUAACUGAAAGAUCCUUAUUGAGGAAUGUAUUUCUACUUUAAUAUCAUAAACCACACUGCAAUAAAUAACUCCUGUGUCAGA